UCACAGAAGAAGAAAGUGCAGGUCGGUAGCAAGUUAGCUCAGUACAGUGUCCACAGUUGUAAAAAUGAUUAAUUAAAAGCCUAUUUUACUAUUUUAGGACACGUGAGUAAAAAUCUCGUGGAGACUGGAUACGUGUCGUGGGGACUGGAUAAAGUCGUGGAUACUGAGGAAACACCGCGGUUAUGGAUCAUCAGAGGUUCAGUCAGUGCAAACAGCAGAGUCUAAACAAAGUGGACCUGAGUAAAAAAGGCAGCGUAGACGAGGACAUCGAGACAGUGGUUUCUCUGAUCAAUAACCGUGAUCAGUUCUUCACCACCAGCUCCUGCUCCGGGAGAAUCAUCGUCAUCGACGGGGCCCCAGAGGGCAGCGAUGUGCAGAAGCAGAAUUGUGCUUGGUUAUAUGUCUCACACAAGAAGUGCACAUCAUACGACCUGGUUUCUGCUCUGGACAAGUCCAGCAGAGACGCUGUGCUCAAGUUUGAGCCCUUCAUUCUCCAUGUUCAAUGCAGGAGGUUAGAAGAUGCUCAGCUCAUGCACUCGGUGUCCAUCAACUCUGGCUUCAGGAAUUCUGGUCUCACUGUCAGCAAGGCGGGAAAGAUCAUCGCGGCCGUCCGUAGCACCCAUGGCCUGGAGGUUCCACUGACCCGUGAGGGAAAGCUCCUGGUUGGACGUGACUACGUCCAUUUCCUGACGCAGGUAGCCAAUCAGAAGAUGGAGGAGAACCUCAGACGGAUCCACAGGUUCCAUGAGAACCUGCAGUCGGCUUUGAUCUCAGAAGAACUACAGGAAGUCCUCCCAGCGUCUCCCAGUUCCCAGGAAGCACGGCGUCCACCUGAAGGACAGGAGGCAGAGACGGACGAAAAGCAGCAGAACAAAACAAGCGUGUACCAACGCAGGAGGAGGAGAGAACAUCAUCAGACUGAAUGUGGCCACAGUGACGGUACUGGUAGCGUUCAAGAAGAGCCGGAUGUCUGUCUGGAUCUGUUUACAUAAAAUGGUGGUGCCGCACAACGUGUGUUAUCAUCUUUACAAGUACUUUAUUAUUGCUUAUUAUUAUUUAUGACAAAGUUCCAGCCCUUAAAAUCACAUAAUGAGUCCACUGACUGUUUUAAAUACCAUUUCUGUAUCAAAGCUGCUACAAGAAGAAAUAUAUUUUUAUAACUCAUUUCUUUUCUAUUAUUUUACAUAUUAAAUUAUCCUUACUCUUUUUUUUUAUUGACGCUAAAUACAAUAAAUGAUGAAAAUAAUCUCAAAUGUGAAGUUAAUGUUAUUAAAUGGACAAACUGCA